GAAAGCCAAUCUGUCGUCGAAUUUAAUCGAAACGAUACUCCGAAGUCCAAACAAAGAACCCUAGCAAUCCACACCCUCCGUCCCUCCUCUCGCCGUGGAAUUCUCCACCACCGCCCGUCUCCUCUUCUGUUUCCUUCACCGUUGCCAUUCGCCUCUGUCUGACAUCGUUCACCAACUAGUCUGUCUGGAAAUUUUGGUUGUAAACUGGCUUACAGGCUCGACUAUAAAACAUGGUAGGCAAGAUCCUCGUCUUCUCAAACGGUUUUAUGUCUAAGCAUCCAUGAGUGAAAAUAGCUCUCAAGCUACUUCGCACGUUUUGAUACUAUGUUUAUGACAAGUAUCAGAACAUUAUACCAAAAUUGAUUUACAGAUUACUGUGUAUGUACACUUUCUGAUGCAAUUUGGUGCAAUAUGACAUCAGCCAAUAUGGAUUCGGACUUGCAUUCUCCUGUGGAUAGUGGUGGAGCUAAAGCAGCAUUUCAUAAGCCUUCAAAUGAUUCUUCAAACAGAAAGUAUCGCCGUAGGUCUCCAGUGAGUGGCUCUUCUUCUUCAGAUGUGGAGCCCACCCGUGACCGUAGUUCUACCCCCACCCAUUCCUUGCAAAGGAAGGAUGACAAUAGGGAUUACAAAAGAAGCCGUUACAGCAGUUCAAAUUCAAACAGACAUUCUGAUCGAAGAUCUUAUAAUGAUCGUAGGCAUGAUGAUCAUAAAAGAAGGGACAAGUAUGCAGAUGAAGAUCAGAAAAGCUUUCAUAAGGGUUGCUAUAGUGAUAAAUACUCCCGAGAUAGAUCAGAUGGUUCAGGACAUAGAGGUAGGGAUAGGGACAAAAGGGAUGAAAAAAGAGACUACCCAAGAACUUCCAAGGGUGGGAAAAGUGAAUCAUUACCUACUUUUGAGGAGUCUAGGGGACAUCGAUCCGGACAUCAUAAUCAUCAUAAAGACACUUCUUGGAGGGAUUCUAAGGAGCUUGAUGACACCAAAUAUGGAGGAAGGUUUGAAAAGGGAAAGUCCUACAAUCAGGAGGGUAGGGAACUUAAAGACCGACAUUUCAAGGAACCUAAAGAGCUAGUUGAUGAUAAAACUGUUUUAGCUGCAAGGAAGUCAAAGUUUAGCAUGGAUAAAGAUCCAGAGUUCAGCAAGGAUGGUAAUUCAGGUUCAAAGCAUGUGGGUGUCGCCAAUGAAGUCCAGUCUUCAAGUUCAAAACAGGGUCAAGAGUUUGUUGGUAAAGCGACCGUAGAGCAAGAGUUUGUGAAGGAUUCUGAUAUAGAUGCUGCAAAAAUAGCUGCAAUGAAGGCUGCAGAGUUAGUGAAUAGAAACCUGAUUGGAACGGGCAUCAUGUCAACUGACCAAAAGAAGAAGCUGUUAUGGGGGAGUAAGAAGAGCACAGCUACCGAAGAGAGUGGCCAUAAGUGGGACACAUCCAUGUUCUCUGAUCGGGAACGACAAGAGAAGUUCAAGAAACUCAUGAGUCUGAGGUUGUAUUGGUACAUAUGGCCAAUUGUAGGGUGUAAAAGUGGACCCCAAAGCGGAUGUUCCGGAUGCCACUCUUGCAGAGAAGCAGAAAGAGCUUCAGAUGGACUUGGAGAAACAGUACACUGCUGGCCUUCGUCGCAGAGAUGGCCGUACUGUUGGCUUAGGCCUUUGAUCUUCUUCUACUUAUUAUACAUGUUUCUUCUACCUCCUCCUCCUCAUCAUGCUUCUUUUAAACUAUGUGUCCCUUUUCAAACUAUGAUUCUAAUCGGUAGUAAUCACAACUCUUAUCUCAUGCUAUUGCUUUCUGGUAAAAAGGUAAAAAAUGUUACAUCUACAUUUGAAAUUAUGAUUCUGUUGUGGACAUAGAUGUUUUAUUGCCGUCUCAUUUACUUUCA